UAUAAAAAAAAAAUUUUGUUCUUGAUAGUCAUGAACAUCGAAGAUCAUAUCGAUGUACGUAACAUGAGGGAUCCAGAGCAUAUUUUCACUCAUGAAGAAUUUAGCCAAUUGCGCAUUGCACGGCAAUCAGCAGCAGCGGCGUCCGUGGUGUUUACGAUGAUAGCGAUAUUAUUAUUUCUUUACUUGGUAUUGUAUCACCGAUCAAAGGUAAAUCGCAUGUCUUUACGGUGCGCGAUGUUUUGUUGUCUUGCCAACUUUGUGGAAAAUGUAUUUUUUAUCAUUAUGAUCAACACCAGAGGCGAUACGGUGUUUUGUUCAGUCGCGGGUUUUGUCAUCGAUUACUUGGCCAUCUUGAGUGCCACCUUAUUAACUUUGAUUGGCAUCAAUCUCGUCCUCAUCUACGUCGUCAAGAUUCGAAAACAACAUGUGGUUGAAUAUUAUUAUUAUCCUUGUGCCUUGUUCUAUAGCGCUUGUGGCUUGAUCGGUCCUGCCAUCGACCGUUAUCAUAUUCCAAAACCUGCAAAUACAAAACCUCUCCAUACAGAUACUUGUUGGUAUAUCGUCAUUGUCAAUCAUCGUUAUACCGAAGCUUUCGGUUAUAUGUGGUUUUAUGCUUUUAUUUUCUUUGCCACUGUUGUUGCCCUGACCUGUUCUAUUAUGGCUAUCAUCAAAUUAUUGAUCGAUCAUCAAGUGAUUCACAAAGAAUCAAAAGAGGAUCAACAUACCAGUUCACGAAAAUUACCCACUUAUACUAGAGUCAUACUACGAUGUAUUCUAUAUCCAUUUGUGCCAUUGAUAACCAACUUUUGUGGAUUUAUACAACAAUGCCUUAUAACGAAGCCAGUGGUGACACCAGAAUUCUCUUUAACUAUGGCCAGUUCGAUAUUGCAUGGAUUAGGUGGAUGUUUUGUGGCAUUUAUUUUUUUGAACGAUCCAGGGAUAACGCAUAUGGUAGCGGGAUGGUAUAAUCAUUGGUAUCAUAAAUAUGUGAUUGAGUAUGUGAUGGUGGAAACCAACGGAGGGUAUUAUUUGAAGGUGAUAGAUCCUUUAGAGGAGAUGGAUGAUCAAGCCACUGUUGUUAUCUCCUUCGUUCCUGCCAAAGAAGUGAAAAAAAAGAAAAAACAAAAAAAAGAAAAACGACCAAAGUAUAGACCUUUGUUUUGUUGUCAUGAAGAUGGGGAUCGUGCCUUUGUGCGAUCUUAUCAAACUGGUGGGGAUGGUAGUAAUAGGAAUGAUAUUCUCCUUGGCACAGAUGAAUCAUUGGUAACAUUUCCCAGAAAUGUGUAUAGGGGACGACGGCAAGAAGAAGAGGAUCGUCAUCUUUAUCAUCAUCAUACAUUGUAUGAGGAGGAUGUAGAUAACAUGACACUUCAACGGAUUCCUAUGCGUCGACUUAGACUAGACUCAUCCGCCGUGAGUCAAUAUAUCCGAAGCAACGCAUUCAAGCCACAGAUCUUAUUGGAACGUACUUUUGCAAAUGGAUUCACCAAGGAAGAACAGAUCAAUGCUUACACCAUCGUCAUCAGCGAUCAACACAAUGAUUAUAUCUUUGUUCGCUACCCUUCCAUCCAUCAAGCCAAAUUCAAUCAUUGGUUGUUACAUGGAUGUAUGGGUCGUCUCUUUUAUAGAAAAUCAAACCCUCUCACUCAAGUUCGUAUACCCAUCUCUCAAAAUGAUCAUCGUCAUCAUCAUCAUCAUCAUCAUCAGUAUCAUUAUGAGCAUACUCAGGUGACACCCAUAGCUGAUCGUACCGAUGUAUUAUAA